AUGUCUGAAGCUAACAGAAGAUCUGAGGAUGAAUUUGGAAAGAACUUACAGUCUCAAGUGUCUGAUUUGGAUGAAAAUGUGAAUGAUCCCCACCAAAUCACAGUUGCUAAUAAGUUUAAACCAAGAAAUGUUAAAUCCAGGGCUAAGCAGAAAAGAUCAAGGAACUUAAAGAAACUUCAAGGAAUGAUUAAGAAUCAGGGAGAGACAGUCCCAUCUCAUGAAAUCGAAGAUAUUUUCACAGUUGAAGGAUUCAAGAGCAAGAAAAAUGAGAAAUAAUGUCUUGAUGAACUGGAAAAAGUUCAUUUCUAAUAACGGAUUGACUAGGACUGAAAAUCAGCAGGCUUCAAUCAGCUCUGAUACUUUGAGAAGCGGAGUCCAGAAAUCUAUCAUAAAAUCUAUACCACAAGACCAAUAUGGGAAUCUUAUAAUUUCUAGAAGAAAGGAUUAUAUCAGGGAAGCUUCUCAGCUUGGAUCGAAAUGUCCUGGGAAUCCGAAUGAUCCAAAGAGUACUCGGUCGAGCUCAAAUUUUCUAACUAUCAACACUGAUUUGUUAUGAACAGGUAGGAGGAUUCCUUCUCCUACAGGUCUGAAGACAGUCAAGAAUAAGAAAAAUGACGCUAAUGUACAGAAAACUCCUCUAUUUGGGAAAGAGAAAUGCUCUAGAGCGAUUAAGAGGAGACCUAAGAGUUCAAGGCAGUUUUUGGUUAAGAAUAGAGCUCGAUCUUCAACUAAAUAUAGGAGUGAUUACUUCCCAGACCAUAGACAAAUUGAAGCUGAACGCAAGGAACUAGUUGAGAAAAAUAAGGACCGGAAUUGAGAAGGAAGAAGUGAUGAUAAAGUUAUCAGAAUUUCAGUGAUGGCUGCGAUGAAAUCAAUGCCUCACCUCAAGCCAGUGCUUCACGCUAACAACAAAAUACUUUUAAAGAACUUCAACGACUGCUACGAGCAAGUAAGGAACGAAAUCUUGCUCACAAGACGAGCUGGAGACACACAAAAAGAAGGUAUUUACACGAAGAAGGAUUUUGACAACAUGAUUCUGAAAUAAAGAAAGACUUAUUUUAGAGAAAAAUGCUGAACUUUUCCCACAAGGAAAAUGCAAGAUAGCGCUUGAGCUAUUUGAUAAAUAUGAGUCUAUUAACGCAGUUAAAAGAGAGCCUAGUCAACAGUCAAAUAGAAAUUAUACUAAAAGUAUUAGCAAGAUAAUGAAACCAGAAAGCCCUCGCUUUAGAAGGAAGCGGAGUAAAGCUAAAAGUGCGGCCAGGACUAGGCGCUACCCUGGUUAUAAAGAAUUUCAAAGAUUGUGCAAUGAAGUGAAGCAAGGAGAAAAUUAUGAGAUAAAGAGCAAUGAUACUCUUUAUUUAAAUCUUCAAAAUCAAGAGCCAAAAGAAGAAGAGGGAAGUAUAUUCGAUGAUAAUUGCCCAAAUGAUACUCAGAAAGAGUUAAGACAGAAUCAGGAGGUUAAAGGUCAGAAAGGAAUGACAGAAAGAGUGCCAAUAUCAAAACAGAAAAAGAUAAAAUGACUUUUAAACAAUUCUCUCACUGUUCACUCUAAUGCAGAUAAAGAAGAAAAGAAAGAGAACGCUACUGUUUCUGACUUGGUCUCCGGGACACCUGGUGAGAUAUCAUUAUCUAUGGGACCAAAGCUUCAGGGUAAGAUAGGAAGCCCUGAAAAUCGUUUGGAUACUCCUUCAGAGCAGAUUACUUCUAGAGAAUCCAAUAUAUUAAAGAAGAAUACUCUACGUUUUAAGCCUCCUGGGGAUCAAAAGUUUCAGAAGAGCAAGAAUCCUUUGAAAUAACAAACUUUUGUCCAAAAGAGAUCUUUCAAGAGAGAUUUCUGGAAAGAACUCGUAUCAAAAGAUUACUGAGUAUUCUCAGAGUAACCUAAAAGAGCAGAAGGACUCACACAAACCUUCUAGGCAAACAAGAAGCCAUAUCUCCUCCUUCGAGGUAGACUCGGGAGUUAUUGGAGUGGAUAAUACAGGGGUAGAUCUGGUGGGACAAGUGCCUGAGGAAGAUAUUUAUGACUUGAUAGCUGAACAAGAGUUUUACAGAGCAAAGCAAAUGAAAUAUCACCAGCUCAUGGUUAGCAGAAGGCAAGAUCAUAAGAAUUCGAGGGUAUUUCCUGGCAAAAGGCCAAUUUCUGCAGCAGGCGGGCUCUUUAGAGCUGAGAAAGGAUAUAUGGCAAGGCCAUUAAGUGGCAGAGCUACAGUGCAACAUCGGCCUAAUAUGAGAGCUUUGAGAGCAAGGAAAUCUAAAGAUAAGCCUGACCUUGAAAUUCAAAAUGGGUACAAAUGCAUGGAAGAUAAGUCAGGUAUUGGACAAAUGCAGCUCAAAACUGCGAUGAAAUAUAUAUCUGGGCAAACAGUCUUGGCUCAGAACUACCUUACGAACAAAAUGAAAAAGUCAAGGAAUUCUUCUGGUUUUCGCACUCAAUCCCAUACUAACAUAAAAACGGUAGGAGGGUUUGUCAAGGUAAAUCCCAAAACUAGACUAUGAGAGAAAGAUAACUCACAUAAAGAGUCUUCAAGAAGCAAUUUUGGUGUUCACAAAAGCUCUGAAGAUCUUGCAGAGGUAAUGUAUGACCUAAACAAGCAAGUAAAGUUUCCCAUAAAGAACGAUAUUCCAAUCAACCAUAAGAAAGCUAUUUCUGAGGCUGAUAACCCAGUGCUCAGACCGAAUAUAACUAAAGGGAAGUAUAGAAAGGAAUCGAAUGAGUAUUUGUCAAAAGGUAGAAAAGUAGGGAGCCAUAACUAUAAAUAAUACAAUUUGCCAAUAAAGCUGAUUGAA